AGCUCUUGUACGACGUGAUUGACUGAUACGAAAAUGUUACAACUUCAUGUAUGGGGAGUGGAUGGUGAGAUAUCAUUAAUAUCACCAGAAUGUCUUGCAUCAGCAUGGCUAUUAAGUUUAGUGUUUCCUAAAAACGACUUUGAAAUUGUAACUUCCUCUAAUACCAACAUAUCCGAUAUAAAUAAAUUACCUGUUUUAAUCACCGACGACAAGAAAUUGAAUGGGUUUAGUGAAAUAGUUGAUUUUAUUGAUGGAAAUAAAUUUGCGAAUGAGCUGGGAUAUUGGUCUAGUAGGGCUAGUUCACCCAGGGAGAAGUUGAUUCAUAGCUGUUUACUAAACCUUGUUGAAACAAGGGUUGACGUUAUCAAUCAGUAUAAUUUAUAUUCAAACACAAAAAACUACGAGAAAUACACGAGAAAGCUUUUUCAAAAUUACUUUCCUUUCCCAAUGAUGUACAAUCAACCAUUAAAGUUUCAUAAUAAUGCCGUGGCUCAAGUUAAAUUACUUGGGUUGAGCAAGAACAAAACAUCAUUCUUUGACUUUACCACCACGUUCCAAGAGGAAGUUGCGGAAACUGAAUACUUCAAUAGUGAAUUGAGUGAUGAUGAGGAUGAAGAGGAGAAGGAAGUUGCAUUGAGCUCGUUACAUGAAAAACAAUUGAUAGCGAAAUCAAAGACAAAAGCUGCAUUACUUGAAUCCAAGAAUUCUUUAAGAUGUUUGGUAUUGUUGAAUCAUUAUUUACAAGAGUUUAUCAAGACAUUUAAGCUUUUACAAAAUGAAAAUGAGAAUGCAUUUGGAUACUUGUUUGGUGGUUCUCCGUCUGCUUGUGAACUCUUGUUGUAUGCCUACCUUCACAGUUUAAGUAGUGAAAAAUUACCUGAUCGAUUUGUACUGAGUUAUUUGGACUUGAAACAUGAAAAGUUGGUUUCAUUUUCUAAGGAGCAAAUUAACAAUUUACAAAAGAGUUUAUCCAACAGCAGCUUCAGACCACCACAAGGGGCGGAAAUUCCUAGUUUGUUUAACGAAGUAGGGUACUUGCUUGGGUCAAUCAAAUACUAGAUUACCCGGCUGUGAAAAAUCUCCGAUCGAAAAACACUGAAAAUUUUCCAAGGUAUUUUCAACCCAGAUUUGACACAUUCUUUCUUUACAUUGUAAAUAGAAACUACCAUAUAUACAAAUAAAUAUACGCGUGGUAUUAAUUAGAUAUGUAGAACAGUAGUUUUGGCAAUCUCAGCAUAGUUUCAUUUAUACUUUAGCACUGUGUAUUAAAUGAUGGAAUUUUCUUGCCAUAGAACAACCUAGUUUACCUCGAUUAAGUAUCUAUACGUCUAGAUCAAUGGACAUUAGAGUUUACUACUUAAUUGAUUGAAACUUACACUGUAAACAUUUCAUCUGUCCACUUUUAUAAAUUUGCAAUGACCUUCGGUGUGAACGGUCAUAUGUUCAACGGUUAGAAAACGAAAAAAUCCCGCGAUGUGUGACAUCACACACGUCGGACAUU